UCUGAGCAUUGCCUCCGCAAGCCUAAGAAGACUCUUGUAGUUGUGUAGCUACCACUACCAAUAUGCUUGCCAAGAUGGGUGGCAGCGCCAAGGCCUACGCUGCCGUCGUCCUCAUCAGGCUCAUGUACUCCGGCAUGCAUGUCAUGAGCAAGGUGGCCUUGGAUCAGGGCAUGAACCCACUGGUGUUCGUGUUCUACCGGCACACCACGGCCGCGCUGGUGCUCAUCCCUACUGCCUUCGUUCUCGAGAGGCGAAAAGCUAAGCCGGUGACGUUCAAGAUUGGGUGGAAGAUGUUCAUACACGCCCUAUACGGGGUGACAGCAUGUGGUGUCUUGUUUAACCUUGGCCUCAACUACGCUUCUGCUACAUCGUCGUCAGCACUGUACAACGUCCAGCCGGUGGUCACAUUCAUCCUAGCCGUUAUAUUCGGGAUGGAGACUCUGAAACUGACGAGGUUCCACGGCAAAGUGAAAUUCGCGGGCAUCCUCUGCUGCAUCGCCGGCGUCACCGUGCUGGCCUUCUACGAGGGGCCAAUGUUCAGAUCCUUCAACCACCACCACCUCUUUCAGAACGGCGGCAGCAGCCCCGCUGGAGCUGCAGAGACGCGCUCCAAGAAGCAAUGGGUCCUGGGGAUUUUUCUCAUGACACUGUCCAACGUUCUAGCAGGCCUGUGGACGGUGCUCCAGGGGCCACUGAUAGAGGACACCUCCAAGCUGAUGAACACGACGCUCCAGAUCUCGUGCGCGUCGGUCCAAGCCUUCCUCGUGGCCGUUGCAACCGAGAGGGACUUCUCCAAGUGGAAGCUGGGAUGGAACGUUGGCCUCGCCGCGAUAAUCUACAGCGGCGUGAUCGUGACGGCGCUGUCGUACUACAUGCAGAUGUGGACGAUCGCCAAGAGGGGGCCGGUGUUCCUGGCCAUGUCGAUGCCGCUCACCUUCGUGUUCACCAUCGUCAUAUCCUCCUUCAUCAUCGGGGACGCCGUCAGCCUAGGAAGCAUCUUUGCCGGGGUACUGCUGGUGGGAGGCCUGUACAACGUGUUCUGGGGGAAGAGCAUCGAGGAGCGCGACGACCUGACCAAGAUCAGCGCCGCCGGCGGCAGCAAACCCGGGCUGGAGCUGCCGCCGCAGCAGAACAGCAAGGCGGAUGAGGAGGCGCCCCAGGUGCCGGAUGACGACGAUGGUGCAGAAGCAAAGGUCUGAUUCACCUGUCAGCCAAACGACGUGACAGAAAAGAUUGUGCCAAAGCUAUUCAGGCCACUGGCUUCAAUUCUCAGGGUGCCGAGAACAACAGCAGGCAGCUAGCCACCGAAACUAAAUUGUGGCGUCCAAAUUGAUUGGGUUUGGGUUGAUGCAUGAUAAACCAGAUGAUGUCUGUUGUGCCAUUGUAUCUACGCGCCCCGGCACAAUGUUUAUCCAACCAACCGCAUGAAUGAAUGAAUAAAAAGAAAGGAAGCCUCGGUCGUCGCUUUCAGCGAGCUUCUGUGUGGCUUCAAUCACCAUGCAUCAUUCC